UUUGGUAUUAACGCGUCACGCAGGAGAACAAAAUGGCCGCCUCCGUUGGAAGUCUCGCGGGGAAAGUGGCACUUAUAACAGGUGCCAGUUCUGGUAUCGGGGCAGCUACUGCUGUUUUGUUUUCAAAACUUGGAGCAAAAUUAGCCCUUACAGGACGCAAAGAAGACAAUCUUCAGAAAGUUGGACAGGAAUGUUUGGAGGGGGAUAAACCUUUCCUUGUUCCUGGCGAUCUUGCGAAAGAGGAGGAUGUCAAAAGAAUCUUUGAUAAAACCGUGGACCACUAUGGAAAGCUUAACAUUUUGGUUAACUGUGCAGGGAUCAUAGAGUUAGGCAGUAUUGAAUCAACAUCCCUUCAACAGUAUGAUAGGGUCUUUAAUGUAAAUGUAAGAUCCGUCUAUUACAUGACAAUGCUUGCUGCUCCCCACUUGAUCAAAUCUCAGGGAAAUAUUGUCAAUGUAUCCAGUGUGAAUGGAAUUCGUUCUUUUCCAAACGUACUGGCUUACAACAUGUCAAAGACUGCUCUGGAUCAGCUCACAAGAUGUGUUGCUCUAGAACUUGCUCCUAAACAAGUAAGAGUGAACAGUGUCAAUCCUGGUGUAAUUAUCACCGAGUUACAGAAGAGAGGUGGCCUAGACGAGGAGGCUUAUGCAAAGUUCAUUGAGCGAUCCCGGGAGACCCAUGCCAUGGGCAGACCAGGUCAGCCAGAAGAGGUCGCCAAUAUCAUUGCAUUCCUUGCCUCCGACAAUUCCUCUUUUGUGACAGGUGCUUCGAUUCCUGUAGAUGGGGGCCGACAUGCUAUGUGUCCAAGAUGAUAGGUGUGAGAAAUGCAGAGAUUUAUAUCAAAAUAAUACUCAAGAAAUGGUAUUAACAGAUGGAAAUAAAACUUAGAUUUGGUGAUAUAAGGUAAAUGAAAGAUUCUUGAGGUACAAUUAGUUGACCCACAAGAUUUCCAGGACUUCAAAUUCAGGAGCAGUUCUUUUGUUAGCCUACCAUUUAAAACAUUGUUUAAAACAUUAUGUUUGGUCCUAUUGCCACAAUACUUUUAUAUUUAAUGAUCAAAAUCAUAGGUGCUGUGGCAUCUUGACAUUGAUUGCAGGCUUUGUUGAGCUAAACCUAUUGCUUCCUAAGAACAGAUUUGUGGAGAAAAAAAAAAUUAAAACUGGUAUUUAUAUAUAGUUUUAUUAAAAAUGAUAUGUACAGUUAUAUAUUACUUUAAGAUAGAUGGAAAUUAUGUUGUAUGGUCAGCAAGCUUAAAUUGUCCAAUUAGUGACUUUUAUAAUGUACAUGUAUAAUGUUAAACAAAUACGUAGUUCUGUGUUAUCUCCUUUUAUUGGAACAACUACAUGUGCAAAGUUGAGGUGAUAUCUUAUAAUGAUAUUGUCAUAAAACUUUUUAAAAUAAAAAGAUAAAACUCUG